AUGGAGACCGAAGAUCUGUCGGACCUCUUGGCUGCUUUUGACUCUCUCCCUGAGCUCUCCAACAGAGAGACCGACUCCGACAGAGACUUUCCUUCUUCGGCAAACAGGUCAAGAGAAGAGCCCGAAAACGCUCAAGAGAUAGAGGGAGAGAGACAGACAGGGGGAGAGAGAGAAACCGCUGGAGAGGGAGGAGAAAGGAUCGCCCGUCUUGGUUUCACGUCAAGAGAGGGGUCAGAGCAAGUUUCCACGCCUUCUCUGCGAGCUGUUUUGGAUUUUCCCUCGUUGAUUCCCGACGAGAGAGAGCGACGGGCGGACGGAGGGGAAGGAGACAGACCCCGCGUCGCCUUUUUGGGUUCUCCAGAAGAAAGCGAGAGCGACGGCGCGAGAGACAGUGAGCGAGAGAGCGCCGCGAGGGGCGGGGAAGGAUUCGCUUCGCAAGGCGGAGUUUCUUCCGCGGCGGGGCCGAGAGGGGAUCUGCGACCUGCGGAGACUUCGCCGGUUCUUCUCGAGACGGCCGCGAGCGCAAGAGGACUGAGUGGAGGCGAAGAACGCGUGAACGAUCCGUUCGAUCUGGAUGACACUUUAGGCGCCUUCUUCGACGCGGCGCUCCCGCCUGCCAGCGUGGAAAGUUGGACAGACUUUCUUCUCUCGCAAGCAGACAGGCCUCCUGCGCCUGCUCUGCCUUGCGCCUCGCCGGCGCCCCGUUUCCUCGCUUUCCACGCUCCCGGUCCCCCCAUCUCCCCUCCGCCUGUGCGCGCGAGUCGCCCCGUUGCUUCUCUCUCCUCUCGCAGUCCUCCUCUUCCUUCUCUUCCUUCUCGCUCGUCUUCGUCGUCGGUUGCUGCUCCCCGUCCCUGUCCGCCGUCGGGCUUGUCUGUACCGGGCGCGGCGCGCCGCCAGAUGCAUGCGCUUCCGCUGCAUGCAGCGGUCUCCUCGGCCUCGGCUGCGGAGGGCCUUCGGCGAGAAGUGGGAAACAGUCCAGCUGAGAGAGAACGGGAACCGCGACCCGGUCGAGACGUCCCGGAGGCGCCGUCAGCGCGCCCGUCUCGAGUGCAUGAACACUCCGGACAGGCCGAGGCAGACUCGAGUCCCUCGCGGUUGCGGCGAAGACCGCUGUCCUUGGACGAUUACUUUUCUGUCGCGCAGCAGUCGCGACGCCGGUGCACUGGAACGUCGCAGGUUUCGACUUCAAACGGCGACGAACCAGGGCGCCAAGCGACGCCAGAACCUGCAGCGUCUCUCCCCCUGACAACAUCGAGAGUCCGUGUCGCUCCAGUUUCUUCGGGUUCUUCAGCUUCUUCAGGUUGUGCGUUGCUGACUGAUGUGUCCCAGGGACCGAGAGCUCCACCUGUCCCAGCCUCCCCGCGCAGAAUUCACCCUUCCUCUCCUUUUCCUCCUCCUAUAUCCCCUCCGUCGUCUCCGCUCCGUGCUCGCUCUUCUCCCUCUUCUCCCCCUUCUCCUUCUUCGGCUUCUUCCUCGGCUUCCUUUUCCUCGUCGAACGCUUCUGUCCCAGAAGGCGCUUCUCGCAUGCCGUUCCCCAGUGUCUCUCCACAGCACGAGAGUGUGCGGGGCGCUCCCGCUUCGCCGCCGGAAAAGACGCGGCAACUUCCCCUCAGAGGCGCUCCUCUUUCGGGCUCGAAGCUACUGGCUGGCGCCUGUCUCUUCUUCGGAAAAGCGCAAGAGUGUCCCGUCUGCCUCACUGAAUUCGAAGCCGUCGCGGAAGUCGCUUCCGUCGACGACUGCCGCCACGCGUUUUGUCUCCGCUGCAUUUCAAAGUGGGUCCGUCAGAGCCGGUCCUGUCCCCUGUGUCGCGGUCAGACGACGACUGUCUGUCUCUGGAAAGCGCGUCAUGCAAAGCCGGGACCUGGAGCGAAGAACGUCGCGAGCAAAGCUGCCGAGGCCAACGGCGCGAGUGCGAAGGGAGAAACCGACGCGGGGGGGAUUCGGGCGUUUGCGUUCGCUCGCCGUCUUCAGCCGGAUCGAAACAACAUUCUUAAGCCUGUUUCCCUUGCCACGAAACUCUCCCGGAGUGGGAGGGAAACGCGGAGUGGUAGGCGCGUCCCGACACGCCGAGCAAAGGCCUCGCCGACGAGUCGCCCCGCGGCGCGACUGUCUCCUUCUCGCUCGCCGUCGAGUGUCGCCCCAGAGCAGGGACGCGACCUCGCGCUCGCAACUUCCAGGGAAGAAGGCGCCGACCAGGCGAUUCAAGUCGACGUUCUCGAGGGCCCAGGAGUACCGGAACUUUAG